CAUCAUUUGAUUUUAUUUAUGAAUUUCCAUUUGUCAUAUGAACCGUGGCGUGCAAAUUUUAAAAAAAAUGUUACCCUGGCCCUCGCUCAAUAAGAAACUGCGGCGAUUGAAUAGAUCCUCAAGGCGACCUGCUCUUGGGCAGAGCCCGGCAUCGUUCCGGACACGCCAAAGUCUCCUCUGCUGUCGCCCGGGUGAGCUUUGAGUAUUGCACACUGAAACCCCAGCGCCCAGCUCAACUCCGGGCAUUCCGGCUCUGCAGUUGACGCUGGAGCUGUUUCAGCGAGAUGUGUUUUUACAAAAGCAAACAAAAACAUUCAUUCUCCCGGAGCGCAAAUCCGGUGCCAAGUGGAGUGCCGAGUGCUUUCGGAAUAUCCUCCCUUCGUCUCUCUCGCAGCGAAAUAUCUCAUUGCGGGGAAUGUUGGUGUCAAUAUUAAACCCUCUGCUCCCUCAGUCAUAACAUUCCAGCUCAUUAGCCAGUCGACGCGCCGCACAAAACUGUGAAGAUGAAUCUCAUCCACCCCCUUCCAUCGCAAUCACAAUGAGAAAUAAAAUCUUACAAUUGUAAGCGGCACCCAGAGAUUCACCGGUGUUAACACCGACUGUAGCCCCGUUAACGAAGCCCCAUUCCUCAUUCAUUGAUAGGUACGUCUCACCCGGCCGGAAACCCCGAGGAACUCAGCGGCACUCCGCAAGAUGUCAGUCGGGGUGCGUUGGAGCAAUAAAAGGGGGAAAAAUCUUUAGAUUGCGUUUGGAUACAUGUCUGGCGUUACGCAAAAAUGUUGCAAUUAAAGCGAUGGGGCUCUUUCUGAUGGGGCACGGCGAUGUUUUGAUACUGUAUGUGUUAAAUCGUGACCUGGGGAGGGAUUCUUCAUGGGAUAUAUGUUACACAUGCAAACAAAAAUCCCGGCGCCACAUCUCCGGUGAAAGUGUGGAACGUGUCACUGUUCCAGUUUGCUUCAAUGGUGUAUUGAUUAAUCCUGAAUACUUGCAGGAUUUUGAGUGGCUCCCCCCACCCCCGUACAGCUGCAGAAAAAAAUCGCCCCCACAAUGGUCAGUGCAGAAAAAAAAGUGCAGUUAGCGCAGAGACGGGGGUUAGACUCGGAGCAGCAAGCACUGUCCUUGCGCUUUGAUCUGAUCUGACUGGUAUGGGCACCUGUAUGAGUGCAGCCCACUGCAACUCUGGGCAAACCGAUAGACUGGCACCUCCUUUGCCCGACAGUGGUGGCGUUUGUGGGGUGGGGGGGGUGGGGGAAGGAGGAGGUGGAGAGGAGACGGAGGAGGAGGGAAUGGGGUGACCCCGCCCACCUCACCACCCAUUGGGCGGCAGGCACCUGACGCACGGCCCAUCGCCAGCCAAUCGCAGCCAGCCGCUGAGCGUCUCCGGCAGCCAUUGGCUGGUGCCCAGAGGGCGCUAUGCAAAAGCAGAGAGCGCUGAGGCCGGGGAGCUGCAAUCUGUCAGGAGAGAGAGAGAGAGGAGAGAAAGAGCAGGAAUUGAACCACUGCAACCCGGGGCGGGGGGGUGGGGAGGACACACGGGCAGCUAGAGAACUGAAACAGGGUUGUGAGGGAAGGAGAGAAACAAGGGAGAAAGGGAAGGGGGGGAGGGCAGGGGAGAAAAAAAAACCCCAGUGAGAUUCAGAUUGGCGAGGGGAACUUCACAAAGUGUUUGAUGAGAAACUCUGGACUCGAUCGCCGUGUUUACGCCGAAGAGAUGACCGGCCGCUAUGUCAAAGGAUUUGAUAAGAAGCCAACCCGCCCUCGGGAAUCUCUUCAUCCAGGCCACUGCUGAAUAGAGUGAGAUCGAGAGGAGCAGCUCAGGAAGAGGAGACAGAAGUUUAGCUUUCCGAUGCGAUGCGCCUUCUUGGCUUUUUUGCGAGCGGCAAGAACAAAAUGAGAGAGAGAGAAACCAAAGCUGGACAGCGCGCCAGGUCAAUCACUAGAGGGAUUUAAAUAAAAAAUCAGCUAUAUAUUUAAUCGCCGAAAGAAGAUCCAAGAACCAAAGAAGUUGAAGAGGCGCAGGGCGGGCUGUGGACAUGUUAGUGUGGUGUCUCCUGGUUUGCAUCUGGUGGGACUCGGUCGCCUCUCAGAUCCGCUACUCGGUGCCCGAGGAGCAGGAGCAUGGCACCUUCGUGGGCAACAUCGCCGAGGACUUGGGUCUGGACGUGACCAAGUUGGCGGCGCGCCGCUUCCAGACGGUGGCCAGCUCCCGGUCCCCUCACCUGGAGGUGAACCUGGAGAACGGCGUCCUGUUCGUCAACGAGAAGAUCGACCGGGAGGAGCUGUGCAAGCAGAGCCCGAGCUGCCUGCUGCACCUCGAGGUCUUCCUGGAGAACCCGCUGGAGCUCUUCCGCGUCGAGAUCGAGAUCGUGGACAUCAACGACAACGCCCCCGCCUUCCCGGAGGCCGACCUGACGGUGGAGAUCUCCGAGAGCGCGUCGGCCGGCACCCGCCUGCCGCUGGAGAGCGCCUUCGACCCGGACGUGGGCAGCAACUCGCUGCGGACCUACCAGAUCACCCCGAACGGCUACUUCGAGCUGGACGUGCAGACCCAAGGGGACGGGAACAAGUUCGCCGAGCUGGUGCUGGAGAAGCCGCUGGACCGGGAGCAGCAGGCGCUGCACCGGUAUGUGCUGACCGCAGUAGACGGCGGCUUGCCCCAGCGGACCGGGACCGCCCUGCUCACCGUCAGGGUGCUGGACUCCAACGAUAACGUGCCGGUGUUCGGCCAGCCGGUGUACACCGUCAGCCUGGAGGAGAACUCGCCUCCCGGCACGCUGCUGCUGCAGCUCAACGCCACCGAUCGGGACGAGGGGAAGAACGGCGAGGUGGUCUACUCGUUCAGCAGCCACGUCUCGGCCCGGGUCAAGGAGCUGUUCAGCCUGGAUCCCCGCACCGGCUGGUUGGAGGUGAAGGGGGACGUGGAUUACGAGGAGAGCAGUUUGCACCAGCUGUACGUGCAAGCCAAGGACCUGGGCCCCAACGCGGUACCGGCUCACUGCAAGGUGCUGGUGCGGGUCACCGACGUGAACGACAACGCACCGGAGAUCAGCUUCAGCACCGUGUCCGAGGCGGUGAGCGAGGCGGCGGCUCCGGGCACCGUGGUGGCUCUGCUCAGCGUCACCGACCGGGACUCGGGGGACAACGGGCAGCUGCACUGCGAGAUCCUGGGCCAGGUGCCCUUCCAGCUCAAGUCCUCCUUCAAGAACUACUACACGGUGGUGACGGACGGGCCGCUGGACCGGGAGCACGGCGACUCGUACACCAUCACGGUGCUGGCGCGGGACCGCGGCUCGCCCCCGCUGGCCUCCAGCAAGUCCAUCAGGGUGCAGGUGGGCGACGAGAACGACAACGCGCCGCGGUUCUCCGAGGCUUCCUACGACGUGUAUGUGAGCGAGAAUAACGUGCCCGGGGCGUACAUCUACGCGGUGAGCGCCGCUGACCCGGACCUGGGCCAGAACGCCUACAUCUCCUACUCCAUCCUGGAGUGUGACAUCCAGGGCAUGUCGGUGUUCACCUACGUCUCCAUCAACUCGGAGAACGGCUACCUGUACGCGCUGCGCUCCUUCGACUAUGAGCAGCUCAAGGAGUUCCGCUUCACCGUGCAAGCCCUGGACUCGGGCAGCCCGGCGCUGGGCUCCAACGCCACCGUCAACAUCCUCAUCGUGGACCAGAACGACAACGCGCCGUCCAUCGUCUCCCCGGUGGCCCGCAACGGCAGCUCCCGGGAGCUGGUGCCCCGCUCCGCCGAGCCCGGUUACCUGGUGGUCCGCCUGGUGGCGGUGGACGCGGACGACGGCGAGAACGCCCGGCUGACCUUCUACAUCGCCCGCGGCAACGAGCUCGGCCUCUUCCGCAUGGACUGGCGGAGCGGCGAGCUGAAGACCGCCCGGCGCUUCCCCGCCGCCAGCGCCGCCCCGUACGAGCUCCUGAUCGAGGUGAGGGACCACGGGCAGCCGCCGCUCUCCGCCACCGCCAGCGUCUUGGUGUUGGCGGUGGACAGCGCGGUCGAGCGGCCCGGGGAGAGGGGCAACCGAGCCGGCAGCCCCAAGGACAACGCGCUGGACCUGACCCUCAUCCUGAUCAUCGCGCUGGGCUCGGUCUCCUUCGUCUUCCUGCUGGCCAUGAUCAUGUUGGCCGUCCGCUGUCAGAAGGACAAGAAGCUGAACCUGUCCAGCUGCCUGGCCGGAGAGGGCUGUGCAUGCUGCCGCCAGGCCAGGAACCGUAAGAAGAAGCUCAGCAAGUCAGACAUCAUGCUAGUGCAGACCAGCAACGCCAACGCCGCCCAGGUCUCGGUGGAGGAAGGUGGCUUCGGCCACCACAGCCAGAACUACUGCUACCAGGUCUGCCUGACCCCGGAGUCGGCCAAGACGGACCUCAUGUUCCUGAAGCCCUGCAGCCCGUCCAGGAGCACGGACGCUGAGCACAACUCCUGUGGCGCUAUCAUCGCUGGCUACACGGACCAGCAGCCCGACAUCAUUUCCAAUGGGAGUAUAUUAUCCAACGAGAUUAAACACCAGCGGACGGAACUCAGCUUUCUAGUGGACAGGCCCCGUCGAGUUAACAGUUCGGCUUUCCAGGAGGCGGAUAUAGUGAGUUCGAAGGACAGUGGCCACGGGGACAGCGAACAAGGGGACAGUGAUCACGAUGCUACGAACCGAGCUCAGAACUCUGGAGCUGACCUCUUUUCCAAUUGCACAGAAGAGUGUAAAGCACUGGGACACUCAGAUCGUUGUUGGAUGCCCACAUUUGUACCCACGGAUGGCCGUCAAGGACCUGAUUACCGCAGCAAUCUGCAUGUUCCUGGCAUGGACUCUGUGCCUGACACCGAGGUCUAUGAAGCUCCAGAGCAGACAGGAGAGAAAUCCUUCUCUACAUUUGGAAAAGAAAAGUCACAUCCAUCUAAUUUAGAAAAGAAAGAAUAUGAUGCACUUCUGCCCAACACACGUGCGCCUUACAAGCCGCCAUAUUUAACACGGAAGAGAAUUUGCUAGUCCCUUCUGUUGUUGCAGCAUGAUUUUGCACAAGCCAACGACUUAAAAGAAAAAGAAACAGCUUUCCAGUCCGUCAUCCUGGCCAUUGAGUUGUGCAUAAUGUAGUCGAUUCCUAUGUUAUUGGAGACAAUCGUGCUAAUAGUGGAAUCAAAUGCUCUCAGCAGGUCUGAGAAUGAUGCGAUUUGGAGACUCUUUGGAUGUGACUGGUCUGGUCACUUUCAUGACCAGUGUGUGCCUGUUUACAGCACUCAAAAACUUUUACUGAGCUCCUAACUCUUUCUUUAAUUACUGACCGCCACAGAUCGGCACCAAAAGAAGCCAACUGUACAGAAACCAAUCAGAUGUGCAUUACAAAUGCAAUAUCACUGUUUUAGAUGUGACUGUUUUUUCUAUUUUUUUUGUGACGAGUGUUCCCAAAUAGCAACAAGUUUUCAAGACUGUGACUGUGUCCUUCACACACACUCCUAGGUCUUUUUAGUGAUGAUCCACAAUUAUCAGAGCUCCUCAGUUCAACAACGUUCUGUAGUUUAUACACAGUGUUAUUUGCAAAUGUGUUUACUGUACUCUUUCAGAAAUUCUAAAUAAAAAGGUGUACUGCUUUU